AUGUCAGGCCCACUUCCUGCUGUCAGUGCUACCCAGUCCCUUGUAGUUGCGAAUCCGGACACUACCACAGGUUCCACGCCAGGCUAUCAUUUACCUACCGCUUCUCAUGAAAAUCACCCCUCUGAAGUCGCUGAGAACGCGACGCAGCCAGAGAUUCAGGAAAUAAGCUCGAUUGGCGAAGAAGAUAUGAAUAGUCUCAUAGGGUUUCACGGUGAAGUUGCAGAAAGCGAGUUGGGAGAUACCCCAGUGAACGAACCCGGGCCACUUCCUAGUGUCGUCUUUAUGAUCCCUCUUCCUCCACCAGUAGUUGGGAGACGUUCUAAGAACACGACACCUUUCUUGAUAUACUCUCCCCCUCGUCGCUCAUAUGAAAGACCCGAAAAGAAUGAAGAGGGAAAGAGACCAAAAGAAAAGUUAUUCAAGCGCGUGGUUCGGGUCUACCAGAAGGAAGUUCGGAAGGGUGAGCAGGUGAAACGAAAGGAGAUACCUAAUGAGGGCAAAUUCCGCAAAAUCGUAAAGGCCCGAGCUGCACUUGUCAGAGGUGCAUCAAUGAUGAGCAAAUGGCUCCCUUCAUCUUGCGUUGAAACGCUUGCACGUGUACCCCCUAAGCACAAGCUAGGCGAAAUUUUAGUCCUUUACCCAGAGUUCUCCGGGGAAGCUCGUCCGGAAGGAUUCGAGCAGCCGUACCAACCCACCGAAGAAGAUUUGUUACACGACUUGAACGUGUUGCUCAGGAAGACUAAGAAGGGGAUUGUCGUCAGAUUGGUUGUUGUUUCCUGCUUUUUACCGAUUGCAGCUGGAAUGUGCGUAUAUUAUCACUUGGAUUCUAGGGUAUUCAGAGUGUUUGCUGACGAAAUAUCACUUUCGAAUUCUAGUGACUUUUUCGCUCCGGUAUUCUUUGUCGAGAUAAGCAUUGCCUACUUGGCCUUCCAAGUCUACGGUCUACGCAAGGUCAAGGCCCUUACUAACAAGAAGGCCAACCAAAAGAAGAUCAAAGAUUCAGCGAAAAGUACUCAAGAAGCUACUGAUGCCUCCUCAACUGAGGCCGUAGAAAUUGGCACAGAGGACACGGCGACAAUGCCGGCAGAUAGCUCUGACGACAGCUAUUUCCGAGUCAAACCUAUAGAAGAAGCAGCAUUCGAAUCUGUUCAGAAGUUGCUCUACAACAUUUGCAGUCGAAUUGAUCCUCUUUCGUUCCCCCCUUCGAGUGCCGAAGAAAUCGAGCCAAGCGAGCGAUUUGAGACUGUGCCCGAGCAAAGUGGAUCCGGAGCCGAACCGCUUCCAACAGGACCCAAGAAAACUGUCCUACCUCCGACAUUACACAAACCCGCGCCCGAGACAGUGAGAGAGAUCAUAAAAGUCUUUCAACAACAUUUGCCUCAAGAGAUUGUAGACCGAUACGAUCUAGACGAAGAAAGAUUGGCGAACGACUUGGCCAGAUACUUGAAGAAGGCCUCUGUGGAAUACGUCACAUCCUUAAAAGGGCGUCCUGAAAGCGGAAUGAUCAAAAGAACGAAGAAGUGGUUUUCAAAGCGAACUUUGAUCAAGCAGGAGCGCAAGGAGAAGCGGGUCAUUAGGAAGCAAAUCAAGGCCGAACUCGCCGAGCAAGCCGCAUUGGAUCAGGCCGAAGCUGCUAGAAUCUUACAAGAAACCGAGCAGAACAAUCCGGAGGCUGCCAUCACUGCACCAUCUCAAUCCGAGAAGAAACUCAAGAAGCAAAAGGCAAAGGAGGAAAAGCUUCUUAAAAAGGCCCAAAAGGGCAUCAAGGCAAAGGGUAAGAACCCAGUGGUAGCUUAG